AUGUCGGCUGAGUAUCUCAAGAGUGUCACCCGCGUGAGCGAUUUGAGAGGCCUGAGUGAAUUGCUUGAAAACAAGACCAGACCGGUCGUUGUUGCGAUAUCCGGAAGAGUUGGCUCUAGGGCGCCCUUAAAAUGCCAACGUAGUGGCGUUUUGGGUGUUUUUUUCGAGAAGAAGGCCAAACUUGUUCUCGGAACGAGGACUUUGCAUGGUGAUUUUGAGCGUAAUCCUGCAGAAAUUCUAUUACAACACAAGGAGGUUCCUUGGUUUCUGGAAGACAGUACUGGCCAAGUAAAUGUAGUGGGAGCCCAAUAUGCCAAUGGGUUUUAUGAUAAUCUCAAAGAGUUUUUGUUUGAUGAGCCAGCGAGUGAACUCGUCAAAAAGUUGGUGGAGCCAACGAGUGAACUCAUCAAAAAGUCGGUUAAACCGGGAGGGUUCUUCAAGGUUCUUCAUUCCUUCCACGUCUUUGCUUUCUCUGAUUCUCCCAGGCUGAAGCAACGUAGUGAUAUUCUUGAACACACCUGCUCUGGGCGUGUUCUUGAGCUUGGUAAGCCCUUGACGAUUGUUGGUGAGGCUGUCAGAUACAGCGAUGGAGCUCUCGUGAUCAAAAGACCCAGAGAUGGGUCUUUCAUGGCGCUGGUAGUUAUCUCCAUAGGCUUAACAGCUAUUGGUACAGUUGCAUAUGCGUGGUACGUGAUGCCUUCGAUCAAAAAGGCUUGGUUUCUAGAUAAAUCAAAAGGCCGGCCAGAGAGCAGAACCGGAGACCAAGCAGAUGCUAUGUUGUAUUAUCCGGUUGAACCAAACCGAAACCGUAUCGAGAAGCUCAUCCAGAUAUUGAACCGGAAAAUAAUUGAUUCGAUUCACUUUCUCUCUUCCUCUUCCGACAUGGGUCUUCACCAUUAUUGGUGGGUGAUGACCGUCGUAGUCAUAGAGCUAUUCUUCUACUCAUCAAACUCUCAGAACCUUAGACUGGAGUCGAACCGUUUUUCCGGUGAAAUUCCAUCUGGGUUCGAUAAAUGCGCUCUGCUCGAACAGCUCUCCCUCGGCGGAAACGACCUCAGCGGUAAUAUACCUGAGGAUCUGUUUCGGCUUCAGAGACUGAAUCUUUUGGGGAUUCAAGAAAACGCUCUCUCCGGUACACUGAGUCCUGCGCUUGGUAACCUCUCCGGACUUGUUCGUUUUGAUAUCUCAUGGAAUACGUUCUCCGGUGAAAUCCCUGACGUGUUCAACACAUUACCGGAGCUCAAGUAUCUGGUGGCUCAGGCUAAUAGAUUCGCAGGAGGAGUCCCCAGGUCGCUGUCGAGUUCACGGAACUUGAUCCUUCUUAACCUGAGGAACAACUCACUGAGUGGUCCUUGGCAUCUGGAUUGUGCCGCGAUGACUAACUUGACCUCCCUUGAUCUGGGAUCCAAUAACUUCAAUGCCUCUUUGCUUGGAUAUCUACCGUCUUGCAGACACCUCAAGUACAUGAAUCUAGCGCAAAACCACUUUGACGGGGAGUUGCCACAGAGCUUCGAGGACUUGCAUAGCUUGUCCUAUCUAUCGCUUUCAAACUGCAGCCUCGUUAACAUCUCAUCAACGCUUCGCAUCCUCGAGCGCUGCAAGAACCUGACAACCCUGGUUCUCGCUAUGAACUUCUACGGUGAAAUGUUGCCUGACGACCUGAAUCUUCGUUUCAAGAAGCUGGAGGUGUUAGCUUUUGGAAAUUCAAACCUCACUGGUACUGUCCCGGGCUGGUUAACUAAGAGCACCAAUCUGCAACUGUUGGAUCUCUCAUGGAACCAUUUGAGUGGAGCUAUCCCGAACUGGAUUGGUGGUUUCAGCAGUCUUUUCUACUUGGAUUUGUCGAGAAACUCGCUCACGGGAGAGAUCCCAAGAAGCCUGACAAUGCUGCCGAGCCUCUCUGAACGAGAACCCACCUUCCUCGAACCACCUCCAAAUUCCCCAUUCUUUUACAACAAUGUGAAUGCAAGGGCUCUGCAGUAUAAACAUGUUCACGGGUUCCCACCAACGAUUCAGCUCGGCCAAAACAAUCUCUCUGGACCCAUUUGGAAGGCGUUUGGAAAUCUGAAGAAACUCCAUGUGUUUGAUCUUAAUAGCAAUAUGUUAUCGGGAUCAAUCCCUGGCACGCUGUCAAGGAUGGAGAGCUUAGAGACUCUUGAUCUGUCCAAUAACCGCAUCUCCGGUUCGAUCCCGGCAUCUCUGGAGAGACUAACGUUCCUAUCCAAGUUCAGUGUUGCUAACAAUAGCCUCUCAGGGAAUAUCCCAUCUGGUGGCCAAUUUAUGACAUUCCCAAACUCGAGCUUCGAGGGCAACCAUCUUGCCGGUGAUCACUGCCUUCAGUGUCCAGGUGAUACGCCAGACGAAAAACGAUCAAGAGUCAGUGACAGUGACAGAGAUAAUGACACUGCCUUGGAUUUUUCUUACGGGCUCGCGCUUGGUUUUGGUUUAUCAUUGGUUCUUGUUGCUUUUCGUCGGCAGCUGUUCAUGCAUCAUCAAGGCUGA